CUCCGGAAAAAUCUUUUUCGCAUCAAAUUGUGGCGGCGGCUAAUCUAACCUCCACCGAUCUCUCCACUGUACAAAUGGCACUGCACAGUUUUUUCAACACAACACCUUUAAAUUGAUCAAACACAGUUUCAAACCCUCUUCUUUCGUUGUUCAUAGACUAUUAGAAAGAUGGAAUACGUUACUCAUUUACAAAAGGAAGAUCCUUCCGUGGCUACUACUUCAGUUCAUGGUUUAAGUUAUACUUAUCCUGUACAAUAUUACGAUUUUCACGUAUAUUACUAUGCUCAUAAUAAGAAAUCAACUGAAGAAUCAGAUGCAUUAAGAGCCAAACUUCUUCAUGACUUCCCUGAGGAUUCAGCUAAUGGUUCAAUUCUUGUGAAAAAGUUACCGGAUACAAAGAUAAUAGGACCUCAUCCAACUCAAUUCUGGGAAGCUGAUGUUAGAAGACCUGAAGUGUUUGUAAAAGUCUUGAGUUGGUUUCAAUUACAUCAUGGUAAUUUAUCAGUAUUGAUUCAUCCUCAAACUGGAGAUGAUCUUACUGAUCAUACUAAAAGUGCUUUAUGGUUAGGUGAAAAGGUACAAUUAUUAGUUGAUAUAUUCCCUAAAAAUGUUGAAAAAGCGAUUCCUGAAUUUGGAGUUAAAGGUGGGCUUAGAAUUAAACCUGAAGAUUUUGAUUCUCAUAAAACAAUUAUUAAUUAAUUAAGUAACUUAAAGAUAGCGUCAUUAUCUAUAGAGUAGACUGAAAUACUCAGUGCUAAUUAUAUAUAUAUAUAUGUACGUUUAGCUUUUUUUAAUAAAUAUAGAUUUAUCUAGAAUUUAGCUUCCUUUUUAAACUUAUCUAAUCUUUGAUGAUGAUCUUGAAUGAAUUUAAUUACUUUCUUUCUAUUAUCUCUUAAUAUUUCAUUACCAGUGACAUCAAUAGCAUCUAAUUUGACUAAUUCUUUCAAUAACAUUUCUUCAAAGUAAUUAUAUUUAUAUUCAACAUCU